AUGGGCGGCUUCGGGAUCCUUGAAGACUACAAGCUCGAACACGUUCCUGGAACAGCCCUGUUGAACGAUGGGUUGCAACCAACCUAUACCGCGAGCCUGAAGCACGGUACGGGCAAGUACUCUCACAUUGUCCUAGUCCCUCAGCCAUCCGAGGACCCAAAUGACCCCCUAAACUGGCCUCUAUGGCGGAAGGAUCUCUGCCUAUUCGUUGCGCUCCUCGGCACACUGCUCUUUCCUGGCGUUUUGGUACCCAUUCUCACGCCCGCGACCUAUGCCAUGUCUGUCGAAUUCGAUACCAGCCUCAAGGCUAUUGCCCAAUUGACGGGCUACUGUCUCCUCUGCGUCGGAUCUUUUGGUAUCUUCGUCUCAGCAAUGUCUCGUCUCUGGGGAAAGCGGCCGCAAUUCUUGCUUGCCUCGCUUCUGGGCGUUAUCGGCACCCUGGUAGGCGAGUGUGCACACAAUUACAACACCAUCCUUAGCGCUCGUCUUCUUCAAGGAUUCAGUGUCGCUGCUUACGAGAGUUUGAUCGUCGCUUUUGUAGGAGAUAUGUACUUUGUCCACCAACGCGGAUCACGUACGACUCUGUUUCAGCUGGUGUCGAACACGAUCGCGGUCCUUGCGCCGAUUAUUUCGGGUGUCAUCUACGACCAUUUGGGCUGGCGCUACAUCUUCCAUAUCGCUCAACCAUUCCUGUGCCUCCAGUUGAUUCUGGCUUUCUUUUUCCUGCCUGAAACGGUAUACAACCGCAGCUCGAUCUACAAUACCGACACCACAUCCACCGAGAAUGUCCAGGAGCUUGGGGAGGUGAAUCGUACUAAGCGAGCCGACGCCCAGGUGGAGAAUGUAGAGGCUGGCGCUCAAGAACUGCCUCAGCCGAAGACGUGGCUUCAAAAGCUCACCAUUUACAACGGGCGCUUCACCAAAACUAGUCCACUCAAGCUCAUCCUUGACCCCUUCAUUGUCCUAAUCAACCCUGCCACCGUUUGGGGCUGCCUCACGCAAGGGAUCAGCUCGGCCUGGUGGGUAGCGACAUCGUUCGUGUUGGCGCAAAUCUGGAGUGUCCCGCCCUACAACCUCGAUGCAGCUGCGGUGGGCUAUCUCUACACUGGCCCUUUUAUCGGUGGCACCCUCGGCGUCGUCUUCAUGGUGAUGACAUCGGACCCUCUUUCCCGUUGGGUCGCCCGCAAGAACGGCGGCAUCUAUGAGCCCGAAUUCCGCAUCUACCCUAUUGUGAUCGCGGUUGUGACAGGCGCCAUCGGCCUCUUUCUCUUUGGGUCCAUGAUCGAAGCGGGCCAAGGUUACUACGUCGGCAGUGUCCUCCACGGCAUCUACGGGUUUUCGGUCAAUGUUGCUGGUGCUGUCAUGAACUCAUACGUGGUUGAUGCGUACAGAGAAGAGUCCACUGAGAUGCUGAUCAUAGCCAUGAUCUUCAAGAAUUUCUUCUUCUACUCUCUGUCCUACUACGUCAACAACUGGAUCGCCAAAGUGGGUCCGACCAAGUAUUUUGACGUCCAGGGUGCCGUUGUUAUGGGAAUCUACGCUACUUCCAUUCCUAUGUACUUCUUUGGAAAGAAAGUGAGAAACGAAGACAGUCGGCGGCUGAGAAGAGGUAAUGCGUACGAAUUCACUCGCGAGACGACGUUGCUGAAGCAUGUCAGAGGUCUCGUCACAGUCGACGAAGAGCGCUCAAGCCUCGAGCCCGAUUUGUCGACAUCCCAGGGCCUGGACGGCGAGAAAGCGGCUCCCCAGCUUUUUCCAGGAAAUGUGACUUCAGGAGACUUGGAAGGCAACGUGUUGCCUGCUCUGGCAUCCGAUGAUAGCUAUGGCGGAUCAAUUCCAUCACGCAGCUAUGAUAGCGACGAAGACCUGCAAAUUCAAGCCGAAUCUCUCGAUAUCGUGGAGCAUGACCAGGCAACCAUGCACACCGCUCUUGGUGAUUUCGGGCUUACGCCUUAUGCCAUGGGGUUGGCCAGCAAGCCUGCAGAUCCAGGCUCAAGGUCCGACGUUUUCCGCAAGAAGAGCAGAAUCAACAGCGUGAUUCGGGGUCUAAGCGAGCUACAGCCCGACAAUUUCGAUCUUCCGCCAGUUGCCCUUGCCAGUCAACUCGUGGACCUAUUCUUUGAGCAUGUCUACCCUCUGUAUCCUUUUGUUCAUCGGCCAAGCUUCAUGCAGCGCCUCAACGAGACCUACAGCGGUGGGCAACGGGACAUCGAUGUCCCUUGGCAGGCCACGCUGAAUCUCAUUUUUGCAUUCGGAUCCGACUACUUGGACCUCUCCCUUGCCGAAACUUAUACAAUGAGCCAGUCCUUUCUGCAGCAUGCCACAGAAUUAAUCCUCUCUGUCUGCUUCGACACAACUACGCUCGAAGUCGUCCAGGCACUACUACUGCUGAGCUGCCACCUGCAGAGCAAUAUGCAGUACCAGAGAGUCUGGACAAGCAUAGGGACUCUGUAUCGCGUGGCCCAGAGCCUCGGGUUGCACAUGGACCCUGGAUCAUGGCGCAUUAGUCCCAUCGAGAAAGAGAUUCGAAGGCGCAUAUGGUGGGGUAUCUAUUCCCUGGAUCGAUUUACCAGUCUGAAGUGCGGCCGUCCUCCCUCUAUCAACAUUGAGUCCCUACCGGUCGAGGCGCCAGCUGUAGUACAAGACGAGCAAAUUACCGAAACAGGCAUAAUGGAAUUGGCCCUGGACAGCGGAAUUCCUUGUUCGUCUCAAUUUUUCAAUUCCAUGGUCCAGCUGGCCCAUAUCGCCGAAUCAAUCCUUGUUUCCAUUUCCAAAGACACGCCUUGGUCCCUUCCGGGCCGCAACGCAAAUGCCGCAGAGACGGCUGCUUUGGAUCCAAUCCACUUCAUCGUUCAGCUGGCAAUCGUGAUGGAACAAGAAGGCAAACUCCGGUCAUGGCUUGACAACCUGCCCGAUCACCUGAAAUUCGGGGCAGUCCAUCAAAGCGAGAAGAUCCGGAGACAGCAGAGCAUGCUUCGGGUCCGCUACCUGCACACGAGACUCAUGACGCACAGGCAAAACCUUCUGUCCUUGAUCCAGUGUGACCGUAAACGAAUCGACUCGCUCGAAGACGAUUUCCUGCGAACGGUGGUCAUGGGAAGUAUCCGCACAUGUACCCAGUGCGCGUGUGAUAUCACUGAGAUGGUGAAGAACUCGGCUGCAGCCCAGAACAUGGGACCAUGGUGGUACAAUGUACAGUUCUUGUUCACCUCCCUCGGAAUCCUCUUUGCCGUCCAGAUGAGAGCCACGAUUACCCAACACGUCGACAUCCAAGCCGUGACCUCUGCCGUCGAUGGCGCCUUGGACUAUCUGCGGUUCCUGGGUGAUGUCAAUGGCGUUGUGACCCGAUGUCGAAGUUAUUUCGAAUCUUUACGAACACGAACGGAGACGAGGAAACGGUCGCCACGAGGUCCAACAAUGAAUGAGACGGCCGAAGCAGACCACGAAGCAGGAUUGAUGGUGUCCGGAGCAAUGCGGGAGGGCGACAAUAUAGGGCUGCCCUUCGGUAUGAACGGGAAUGAAUUUGACCAUGGGCUCGACCAUAAUCAUCACAACUGGUCUGAGACCAACUUUGACGGGACCGAGAAUUUGGAACCGGUGACAGCGGAUCUAUUUUUGGACCACUUGAUGACAGAUUUGGACUUUGACUUUUCCUAA